AGAAAGAGAGAACGGUAAUCCGGGAUUCGUGGGCACCAGUACGACAUCGUCGUACCGUCACCGCCAUUACGGAUCCAGACGCGCACCACCGGAACGGAUGACUGUUUGGGAGAGACUGCGAAAUCCUUGCGGUUGGAGGGCCGGUGCUAAACAAAUUUCAGUCGAUGCGAUGAUACCAAUUUUUGCGGUUCCAACGUUAGCGGUGAUAGCUGCACAAACGAUGCUCUGUACUGUAAUUAUAUUCGUCGCAACACCGUUAUUGGUCUACUACUUGCAUCACAAUUUCUUGAGGUUUUUACUACGAACUAAAUUUUUUCUAAUGUGGACGAUUACAAGCGUCGUCAUGUUGAUGCUGAUAUUUGAAACGAGUGUCGUACCCUUAUUAGAGAUCUUGCCAGAAGAGAAUCUAAUGUUUAUAAUUUGUGUCGUGGGAGGUAUAUCGUGUGGCUACAAGAGUAGACUAAACGCAGAUUCCACCACUCAGGAAGGUGCCUUGACCACCCAAGGUUUAGAACUUGGCGAAGGAAGCGGAGAGCUUUGCAUUACAUGCAGAAGAAGGGCACCACCAAAAGCUCAUCACUGUCGCAUGUGUCAAACGUGUAUUUUGAAUAGAGAAUAUCAUUGUAAAUGGUUGGAUUGUUGCAUAGGUUCCAGCAAUUUAAAAUGGUAUCUAGGAUGUUUGUAUUUCUCAGCCAUAGCUUUUAUCUAUGGUUCCAAUUUAACCAUGACUAGUGUCUGCCAUCCGUUUAUACUUAUUGGCACUGUCCUUUUACCGGAUGAUUGCAGCGACGUAUAUCAUCAAUUAGAUAUUGCUCUCUGCUUCAUCUCGGCACUCUACAGCUUGCUCGUUGGUCUGGUGGUACUUUUCUAUUUAGUAUAUCAUCUUUGGUUAAUUUAUCUUGGUACAACAUCGAACGAGCGACGUCUUCUUGAAGCUGGAAGUCAAUAUGAUCAUGGUACAUUGAAAAUUGUAUCACGAUUAUUUUGCUGUAAAACUUAGAUACUAAAUGUAGACUAGAAUAUUAAAUUUACUUUGUACGGAAAAUAUGUGGCAAAAACAUCAGGCAUAGCAGUACGUGAAUCGCAAUGUACGCUUUAAUAUUAGUUCGAGCACACCUUUCACUAUUAAUAUACUUUUAACACUCGUUAUUGUUUCCUUCUUUUACAAUAACAAGAUACUUAAUACUAUUAAGCUAUUGCUCGUGGUAUUGAACUUAUUAAUAACAUAUCGAGACAUAAAAGUACUGAUCUCCAUUAAAAAUA